UGUCGAGUUGUCAAGGUUUGUUUUCUCGUGGGUGUGAUUUUUCUGUGCGUGAUUUUCCUUGUUUUCUCGUGAGAAAAUGAAUGGAGCCACUGAAGAUGGAAGCAACUAUGAAUCUUUUCUCACUCUUCACGAGCCCCAGCUGAGACAAUCGGCGGUGCCGCCCCAUUUCUGGCCAAGUCUCUGCAAUAAGUUGUACAACCAAAUUUUCGAUGCCGGCGACUUUCUGUCGCUCCUGCUGCUGGAUUAUGGCGAGGGCGGACAUCAGGAGGAUGAUCCCGUGUGGACAGUGGUGGUGUCUAAGCCUGGAGGCAUCGAGGAGAGUGACAGAGAUGCUAUUUUCCUCGUGGAUCACGCCUGGACGUUCCGGAUGGACAGUGCUCAGAAGCAACUGGAGCAAAUGCCCAGCUUACUCAAGAGGAUGUGCAUGAUUAUGGGCGUGGACCAGGAGAACGAGACGCAGGAAGUGUGCGUGAAGAAGGUCAUGAGGAGGCUGUGGAGAUACAACUCAAUGUACUCGGUGAACGCGACGGGAAUCUCCAUUGAGAGCCAAAUGCCCAUUUGGUACAUCAUGGAUGAAGUGGGAUCCGGAAUUCAGCACUGCGACACGCCCAAUUUCCGGGUUGUACCCUUUUUACAUCUCCCAGAUCAGGUGACGUACAGCAUCUUGUUUCCCGUGGUGGACUGCGAAGAGGAUGAGAUUGUCACGAGGGAUUAUGUGGAGCAGUACAAUGCGGAUGACGAGAAGAAGAGGAAUGCCCUGCUGCUGCCCUGGAAGUACACGGAUUUCUCGGAGGAGGACUUCGUUCAGGUGGAGCCAGAGAAGGAAUACUUCCUGGGCGGGAGAAUGAGAGAGGAAUCACUGCCAGAUGCGGAUAAGGAGGAGCCAGAAGUUGAUGCCAAUCGACCAUUGAGAGUGUAUGCGGAUUACACUUUCGUGAACAAAUAUCUCACUGACGAGGCCUUUGAGAUCGUUGACUCACCUGAUGAUGCGGAUGUUCUGUGGCUCAGCAGUCACUUUAAGGACUAUCUGGAGUUCAGUCAGCAGAACCCCAAUAAAUUCAUCAAUCAAUUUCCUUACGAAAAUGUGCUGACAGUGAAGGAUCUCCUGAGCAUUGUUUGUCGUCGCGUGGCUCCUCAGCACUCAAAUGCCAAUACUUUGGAAACUUAUCCCAAGUGGCUUCCCACGACUUUUAACCUGAACACGGAGCUCAUCCAAUUUGUCAGCUACUAUCAACAGCGCGAGGCGCAAAAUCUUGACAAUCACUGGAUCUGCAAGCCAUGGAAUCUGGCCCGUGGUCUCGAUAUGCACAUCACCAGCGAUAUUGGUCACAUAAUGAGACUGCCGGCGACAGGGCCAAAGAUUGCCCAGAAGUACGUGGAGCAUCCAGUGCUGUUCACUCGCACGGAUCUCGAGGGGGCACGCGUGAAGUUUGAUGUGCGAUACGUGAUUCUCCUGAAGAGCAUUAAUCCGCUGAGCGCACAUGUCCAUCGCAAUUUCUUCUUGCGCUUCGCCAAUCGAUCAUACCGUCUCGACGAUGGCUUUGACUACGAGACACACUUCACGGUUAUGAACUACAGCGAAACGGCUGAUCUCCACCACUUGCCGUGUGCUGAAUUUUUAAUCAAAUGGUCAGAGCAAUACCCAGAACACCCUUGGGAUGAGGUGGAGGUGGCAAUUUGCGAGAUGCUGAGGGAAAUGCUGUCGGGCGCCGUGCAGAAAGUGCCGCCAUGUGGACUUGGCGCUAAUCUUCAGAGUCGAGCACUGUAUGCAGCUGACAUUAUUCUCAGUUGGGACGAUGGCAAGAUUCAGCCGAAACUGCUGGAAGUCAACUGGAUGCCAGACUGCCAGAGGGCAUGCGAAUACUACCCCGAAUUCUACAAUGAUGUCUUUAAGCUCCUCUUCCUGAACCAAGACAAUGCGACUGUUUUCAGAUCACUCGUGAAUUGAAAUCCCAGAGAAAAAUAACAUGUUUUAAAGUCAACAUGUGAAUAAAACGCUGUAAAAAAUGA